UUCCAGUGUCCUUUUCCCACAUCCAAAGACUAGACCCACCUUUAACUACUCUGCUAUUAUAGUUUUUACAACUAUUUAAGCCAUCUCUCUUCUCUUUCCUGCAGAUUAUUAGCACCCACUUCAAAUUUAUUUUUAAUCCAUAUCAGCCUCCUGGAUGGUGACCUUAACUACAAGUUCUUGAUUCUUUGAAUUGGGUUAAAACUCAGAAGGAUGGUUUUUUCAUGUCCUUUGUCCAGUAACUAAAAGUUUCAUCUCUCUCUGUCUCUGCUUAAAUCAGAUCAUCAAUAACCAAAAGCAAGAAACCACAAAGGUAACACUUUUCUCCAUACCCUUUUCAUUCUCCUCUUCAACCAUCAAAACCCAUAAAUUUCACUAGUCUUUUAAAAGGAAAAAUUAAUAAAAAUCCUCCCUUGCAAGCUCUUACAACAGAAGUGGAAUGAAAUCUCUGCUGCUUCCAGUUUCCUUUUUGGUUCAAUUUGAUCCCAACAAUCAUUGGAGCAAUGAAAUCUUUCUCCAGCUUAUUUGCUUAAGUUCAUCAAAGAAGCUUUAAAUAAGUUGCAUAUGGCCAAGAGGGUAUUCUAGUGCAUUUGAAAUAGAUACACGAAAAACAAACUCAAAUCAAUCUGCAGACAUGGUGGCUCUCUCUCAUCGUCCUCACCGGCUGCUGCUCCAGACAGAAUCAAGCACACCUGCAGCACCAGCAAAUGGAAGCAGAAGCCGCAACAGCUACGCUAGCGAGGCCAAUUUUGACACAAACGUGGUGAUCAUUUUAGCAGCUCUGCUUUGUGCUUUAAUAUGUGCACUUGGAUUAAACUCAAUAGUACGCUAUGCCUUAAGAUGUAGCAGAAGGUUUGGUUUUGAAACCCCAGAUGAGGCUGCAUCUCGUUUAGCAUCAACUGGGCUUAAAAAGAGUGCAUUGAAACAGAUCCCAGUGGUCAUUUAUGGAGCUGCAGGGAUUCACAUGACAGCCACAGAUUGUGCAAUUUGCCUUGGAGAGUUUUUGGAUGAUGAGAAAGUGAGAGUUAUGCCAAAAUGUAGUCAUGGGUUUCAUGUAAGGUGUAUAGAUCCUUGGUUGGAGUCACAUUCCUCUUGUCCAACUUGUAGACAAUCUUUGAUUGAACAACCAGCAAGAGCAAGUUCUGAUGGUGCAGAAGCAGCUGGUUCUGUUUCUGGGAUCAGGAUUCAUGGAAAUGGAGCAGCAGUUCAGAGUAAUGUGCCCAUGGCUGCAGAUUAGGUAGGUGAUUAUGCUCUUAGGGGAAUUCUACUCCGCGUCCAAAUAUAUAAACCUGUUUAAUCAAAACAUAUCAUGUACAAAUAUAUUAGUGACUUAAUGUUGAUAAAAUUUUAUACACUUUAACGUGGGUAAAAAUUAUUGCGGCCCUAAAAAGCUUUUACCAGAAAAAAUAAGAGAAAAAUGGCGAAAUGGGUUCUUCAUUUUAUUAGUAAUUAAUGUAUAUAUUAUUCUUGAAAUGUGGAGUUGGUUGAUGUAAUUAUGUGCUCAUAUGGAGAUUUCUAAGGGAAAUCUUUGAUUGUACAUGUUUAGUGGGUGAGGUAAAAGUGGUGCUUAAUUAAUUAGUAGGCUUGUUGUUU